AAAAUAUAGUAGAUGUCAGAUAUGUAAAUUUAUAUUGUAGAAGUUAUGUAAAUUUGUAUUAUAUUGUCAACGCGUAUUAAAGGAAAUAAGGAUUUUGUAAACAGAUUUAUGAGUAGAAGGAAUAAUCAAUUGUAUACCAAUUUGAUAAUUAUUGUCCAAUGUAUAUUUUAGAUCAAGGAUUUUAUAGAACUGUUUUAUAAGUAAAAGGUACAAUCAAUUGUGUACAACUUUAAUAACAGCCGUACUCAAGGUAUGCCUUAAUAGAAGAUAGUUUUAUAGAUUCUGUAAAACUGAUGUAUAGUUUGUAUAUAUGUCGUAUACUCCCCUAAUAUUAUAGUUGGCUAAAAGGAAAAAAUAUUGUGAACAAGCUGAUGUUACUGGAAAAUGUCGGGAGUAGCUGUUACUUCAAUUUUUAAAAAAACUUGUAUGCAUAGUAUUGCCGAACAAAUGUAGUCAAUUUAAUAGAAUACAACCAUAAGACCCAUGGGCUGUAUUUGUUCCAAAUCGUCUCCUAAUACUAAACUAGUGAAUCGUGGAAACGCGCCCGAAUCCAUUAGAUCCACAGAAAUGAAGUUGUCGGGUGGUUUAGAUUCGUACGUAAAUGAACCCGCACUUCCAAAAAUUCCUUUUGGAACAUCUGGACAAAACCGGACACCCACAACAAAUAGAAGGGAAUGCAAUGUGACGACGUUUGUGCCAUCCAAAAAUAAUGAUUUAGAAUUUGAUUCGGUGGAUUUUCCGUCCGAAUCUGAUUUAAUUUCGAAUAUUGAAUCAGUUCCACUUUUCACCCAAGAAGAAUUGCAAGAAAUAUUUGGUAGAUUCUUGGAAGUGCGUCCAUCUCCAACCGAACAUUCCAUCAUCAAAGUUAAAAUAAUGACUCCAAAUACAGGUCGAGAAGAAUACGGAGAGAGAUUUAUAAAAGCGAAAGACGACCUCACCAAAUUCUUGGUCAAACAGAUCAUUAAUUUUAUUUUCACUAACUUUGGAUCGUGAAAAAAUUCGAUUGAGAUUUUUUUCUAAAUCUUCACAUUUAAAUAUAUUUUGAGAAUGUUAAUAAAUGAUUAAAUAUGUUAU